AUUCCGGAGCAGGCUGCUUUGACUCCGACCACAGGCUGUUUUGUGCAGGCUGUCCCUCUCCUUCAGAACCGUGCAUCCCCUCCCCGAAGCAGCAGGCAGUGUGCCUCCAUUCAGCCACAUUUGGUAUGCAUGAGCACGGCUGCAGAGAGAGGGGAGGUGGCUUUCUUAAGAAGGUUCAGGGGCUCAGGCAAGGCUACUUGACUAGUCUUCCAAGUUCCAGGAAGCCUCUGCCCUAAUGGAAUUUGCAGGUGUGGAGAUGACCAUGGGAUGCCAGAGCCGUGGGGGACCGUUUAUUUUCUAGGCAUUGCUCAGGUUUUCAGUUUCUUGUUUUCCUGGUGGAAUUUGGAAGGGGUCAUGAAUCAGGCUGAUGCUCCUCGACCCCUAAACUGGACCAUCCGGAAGCUGUGCCACGCAGCCUUUCUUCCAUCUGUCAGACUUCUGAAGGCUCAGAAAUCCUGGAUAGAAAGAGCAUUUUACAAAAGAGAAUGUGUCCACAUCAUACCCAGCACCAAAGACCCCCAUAGGUGUUGCUGUGGGCGUCUGAUAGGCCAGCAUGUUGGCCUCACCCCCAGUAUCUCUGUGCUUCAGAAUGAGAAAAAUGAAAGUCGCCUGUCCCGAAAUGACGUCCAGUCUGAAAAGUGGUCCAUCAGCAAACACACUCAACUCAGCCCUACCGAUGCUUUUGGGACCAUUGAGUUCCAAGGAGGCGGCCAUUCCAACAAAGCUAUGUAUGUGCGAGUAUCUUUUGAUACAAAACCUGAUCUCCUCUUACACCUGAUGACCAAGGAAUGGCAAUUGGAGCUUCCCAAGCUUCUCAUCUCUGUCCAUGGGGGCCUGCAGAACUUUGAACUCCAGCCAAAACUAAAGCAAGUCUUUGGGAAAGGGCUCAUAAAAGCAGCUAUGACAACUGGAGCGUGGAUAUUCACUGGAGGGGUUAACACAGGUGUUAUUCGUCAUGUUGGAGACGCCUUGAAGGAUCACGCAUCGAAGUCUCGAGGAAAGAUAUGCACCAUAGGUAUUGCCCCCUGGGGAAUUGUGGAAAACCAGGAGGACCUCAUUGGAAGAGACGUUGUCCGGCCAUAUCAGACCAUGUCCAAUCCCAUGAGCAAGCUCACUGUUCUCAACAGCAUGCAUUCCCACUUCAUUCUGGCUGACAACGGGACCACUGGAAAAUAUGGAGCAGAGGUGAAACUACGGAGACAACUGGAAAAGCAUAUUUCACUCCAGAAGAUAAACACAAGAUGCCUGCCGUUUUUCUCUCUUGACUCCCGCUUGUUUUAUUCAUUUUGGGGUAGUUGCCAAUUAGACUCAGUUGGAAUCGGUCAAGGUGUUCCCGUGGUGGCGCUCAUAGUGGAAGGGGGACCCAACGUGAUCUCGAUUGUUUUGGAGUACCUUCGAGACACUCCUCCCGUGCCGGUGGUUGUCUGUGAUGGCAGUGGACGGGCAUCGGACAUCCUGGCCUUUGGGCAUAAAUACUCAGAAGAAGGCGGACUGAUAAAUGAAUCUUUGAGGGACCAGCUGUUGGUGACUAUACAGAAGACUUUCACAUACACUCGAACCCAAGCUCAGCAUCUGUUCAUCAUCCUUAUGGAGUGCAUGAAGAAGAAGGAAUUGAUUACGGUAUUUCGGAUGGGAUCAGAAGGACACCAGGACAUUGAUUUAGCUAUCCUGACAGCUUUACUCAAAGGAGCCAAUGCCUCGGCCCCAGACCAACUGAGCUUAGCUUUAGCCUGGAACAGAGUUGACAUCGCUCGCAGCCAGAUCUUUAUUUACGGGCAACAGUGGCCGGUGGGAUCUCUGGAGCAAGCCAUGUUGGAUGCCUUAGUUCUGGACAGAGUGGAUUUUGUGAAAUUACUCAUAGAGAAUGGAGUAAGCAUGCAUCGUUUUCUCACCAUCUCCAGACUAGAGGAAUUGUACAAUACGAGACAUGGGCCCUCAAAUACAUUGUACCACUUGGUCAGGGAUGUCAAAAAGCGAGAGUAUCCAGGUUUCGGUUGGAUCUAUUUUAAGGGGAACCUGCCCCCAGACUACAGAAUCAGCCUGAUUGACAUCGGCCUGGUGAUCGAGUACCUGAUGGGUGGGGCUUAUCGCUGCAACUACACGCGCAAGCGCUUCCGGACUCUCUACCACAACCUCUUCGGCCCCAAGAGGCCCAAAGCCUUGAAACUGCUGGGAAUGGAGGAUGAUAUUCCCUUGAGGCGAGGAAGAAAGACAACCAAGAAACGUGAAGAAGAGGUAGACAUUGACUUGGAUGAUCCUGAGAUCAACCACUUCCCCUUCCCUUUCCACGAGCUCAUGGUGUGGGCUGUCCUCAUGAAGCGGCAGAAGAUGGCCCUGUUCUUCUGGCAGCAUGGUGAGGAGGCCAUGGCCAAGGCCCUGGUGGCCUGUAAGCUCUGCAAAGCCAUGGCUCAUGAGGCCUCUGAGAACGACAUGGUUGAUGACAUUUCCCAGGAGCUGAAUCACAAUUCCAGAGACUUCGGCCAGCUGGCUGUGGAGCUCUUGGACCAGUCCUACAAGCAGGACGAACAGCUGGCCAUGAAACUGCUGACGUAUGAGCUGAAGAACUGGAGCAACGCCACGUGCCUGCAGCUUGCAGUGGCUGCCAAACACCGCGACUUCAUCGCGCACACGUGCAGCCAGAUGCUGCUCACCGACAUGUGGAUGGGCCGGCUCCGCAUGCGCAAGAACUCAGGCCUCAAGGUAAUUCUGGGAAUUCUACUUCCUCCUUCAAUUCUCAGCUUGGAGUUCAAGAACAAAGACGACAUGCCCUAUAUGUCUCAGGCCCAGGAAAUCCACCUCCAAGAGAAGGAGGCAGAAGAACCAGAGAAGCCCACGAAAGAAAAAGAUGAAGAGGACAUGGAGCUUACAGCAAUGUUGGGACGAAACAACGGGGAGUCCUCCAGGAAGAAGGAUGAAGAGGAAGUUCAGAGCAGGCAUCGGUUAAUCCCCCUCGGCAGAAAAAUCUAUGAAUUCUACAAUGCACCCAUCGUGAAGUUCUGGUUCUACACACUGGCAUAUAUUGGAUACCUGAUGCUCUUCAACUAUAUCGUGUUAGUGAAGAUGGAACGCUGGCCAUCCACCCAGGAAUGGAUCGUCAUCUCCUAUAUUUUCACCCUGGGAAUAGAAAAGAUGAGAGAGAUUCUGAUGUCAGAGCCAGGGAAGUUGCUACAGAAAGUGAAGGUGUGGCUGCAGGAGUACUGGAAUGUCACGGACCUCAUUGCCAUCCUUCUGUUCUCUGUCGGAAUGAUCCUUCGUCUCCAAGACCAGCCCUUCAGGAGCGACGGGAGGGUCAUCUACUGUGUGAACAUCAUUUACUGGUACAUCCGUCUCCUAGACAUCUUCGGCGUGAACAAGUAUUUGGGCCCGUAUGUAAUGAUGAUUGGAAAAAUGAUGAUAGACAUGAUGUACUUUGUCAUCAUUAUGCUGGUGGUGCUGAUGAGCUUUGGAGUUGCCAGGCAAGCCAUCCUUUUUCCCAAUGAGGAGCCAUCAUGGAAACUGGCCAAGAACAUCUUCUACAUGCCCUAUUGGAUGAUUUAUGGGGAAGUGUUUGCGGACCAGAUAGACCCUCCCUGUGGACAGAAUGAGACCCGAGAGGAUGGUAAAAUAAUCCAGCUGCCUCCCUGCAAGACAGGAGCUUGGAUCGUGCCGGCCAUCAUGGCCUGCUACCUCUUAGUGGCAAACAUCUUGCUGGUCAACCUCCUCAUUGCUGUCUUUAACAACACAUUUUUUGAAGUAAAAUCGAUAUCCAACCAAGUGUGGAAGUUUCAGAGGUAUCAGCUCAUCAUGACUUUCCAUGAAAGACCGGUUCUGCCCCCACCCCUGAUCAUCUUCAGCCACAUGACCAUGAUAUUCCAGCACCUGUGCUGCCGAUGGAGGAAACACGAGAGCGACCCGGAUGAAAGGGACUACGGCCUGAAACUCUUCAUAACCGAUGAUGAGCUCAAGAAAGUACAUGACUUUGAAGAGCAGUGCAUAGAAGAAUACUUCAGAGAAAAGGAUGAUCGGUUCAACUCGUCUAAUGAUGAGAGGAUACGGGUGACUUCAGAAAGGGUGGAGAACAUGUCCAUGCGGCUGGAGGAAGUCAACGAGAGAGAGCACUCCAUGAAGGCUUCGCUCCAGACUGUGGACAUCCGGCUGGCACAGCUGGAAGACCUCAUCGGGCGCAUGGCCACGGCCCUGGAGCGCCUGACAGGUCUGGAGAGGGCUGAGUCCAACAAAAUCCGCUCGAGGACCUCCUCGGACUGCACGGACGCAGCCUACAUUGUCCGCCAGAGCAGCUUCAACAGCCAGGAAGGGAACACCUUCAAGCUCCAAGAGAGUAUAGACCCUGCAGAGCAUCCUCUUUAUUCAGUAUAAGCCGGCAGCAAGCAGUUCUACCUAACGUCCCACAUCCUUCUCAUGCCAACACUUCUGUAAUUGAUCAUUAUAAAGAAAAAACAAGGUAACAGUCAUAGUUCACCUAUCUCUUAUCUAUUCACUUCUGGUGCCACAACUGUUUAUCCUUUUUUGAAGAAAAUAAGGGAACAGAAAUGCCUUUUUGUAUUGCAGUCGAAAUGAAAGAAGAGUUGAUGUUUAAAAAAAAAACAAAAGUCAAGUGAUUUAUUAUAUACAGUGGGCGUUCAAGUCUAGUCGAGCAAGCUCAGGAUGAAUGUAAUUAAAUAAUUUUAUAUUUUUUAAUUUAUUUUGUAUCUCACCUGUCAUCAAUGAAUUCAUUCAAUGAAUAUGUAAUAUUGAACUUAAAAAAACAAACAGUGGACAGAACUAGCCUGAAAUUGCCAUGUGGGAUGUUCUGUUCUCACCGUUCAUGUCGUGUGUUGUGCUGCUGUGUGACCGUCAUCAUUUGCAUGGUUCCACCACAUCCUCCUGAACACCUCCAAGACGUAACUGCCAAUUUUUCACACCACUCAUCACAUGACCAUUUUAUAUAUGAAUAUAUGGUUAUAUGUGGAUAUUUUCAUACCUAGAGUUUUGCCAUCUAAUCUGAGCUCAGCAUAAAUUUAAUUGGAGUUUUUCAAGGGCUGGUAUCUUUUCUAUGGAAAUGUUCCAAAGUACUUUUUAAGGGAGUUUCAAAACUAUAAAUAACCUUAGAUUUGACUGGGAGUUUGGUAUCAACCCAAAGCCAUCAGUUGCAAGCAUACCAUGAAUAUUUUUCUUAUAGACAGAGCUAUAAAAAAAGAUACAGUAGACCAAAAUAGAAAGCAAAUAAACCAUAUAAAGAAUUCUAUAGUAUAUGCCACUUAUACACAUGUAUAUGCAUUUACGCAGAGACACAUAUUUAUAUAUGAAAUAAACAGACAUAAAGAGCUUUCUUAAGAGGCUUGGACUUUUCUAUCACCUUGAACUAUAAUCAAAAGAUUUUCUUAAUCUACAAGAAGUUCCAUUGAAAGAGUUCAGUAUACUUAGACCAAAUGUUGAAAUUAUGAUUUUUAAAAAAUUCCUAUGACUUUUUCUCAUAUCAAACUAGAGUUGUCAAAAUGACUCACUGCUUGCCUUCUGCCCUUUUUUGUCUGAAAUCACUCACUAUUGGGACAUCUUAUUUAUUCUGGCUUUUCCUAAACAAAGUUUUUACACUAAGUACAAUCUGAACAGACAUGCAACUUUAAACCAGCUAAUGUUACAGACUCUAAAGUAAAGGCAUAAUCUUCUAGAUCAGAAUCUGGAUUGGAAGUGGGAUAAAGAAAUCUUGACCCCAAAUCUUUGGAUUCCUAUUUGGCUCAUUAAUGUUUAAAAAAGAAUAAAGCCUUUAAGGAAAACAACCUAUUGUUCCUGGCCUGAGGUACUACCUGGUUCUUUUGUUUAAUUAUAAUUGAAAACACCAAGUUUGACUUCAUUUUGUGAAAUCAAGUAAAUACAUGGCCUUUAAAUAUAAUAUAAAAUAAAAAAACAAACAAACUAAAAACUCUUCUGAAUAAGCAAUUCAGGUAUAAGACGUGUGAUGAGGUCACAUAUGUAAAGAAUUAAUUCCUUUUUCACUCCUUGGCAUUUAGGUGAAUCGGUAACAAACACCCAGACUCCCUUAUUUACAGCUGUUCUAGAAACACUUAACAUUUUAUUGGGCCCCACACUGGCUAUUUCCCUCUCAGCAAACAUGUAGUGGGUCUGAAAAUAAAUCAGUUGUUCUUAAACUUCCUUGAGUCGUGAAUCCCUAUGAGGAUCUGAUGAUAACUCUAGGCCCUCUCUCCAGAGAGAAACAAAAAUGUACAUACAUGCAAAGUUGCAGUAUAACUUGAAAGGGUUCAUGAGCCCCUGGUUCCAUAUUGAUUGAUAACGAGGAAAAGGAACCAUGUUAGUUCAUAGUUAAUACAGUUAUAAUAGGCACUUUACAUUUGAGACCAUCUCUCUGUGAUUCUCAGGAAGGCCAAAUCUCAGCACCAGAGUUUGAACCAAGAUUUUUUUAUUUUUGUUCUUUAAAUUAGAUGUUGCCAAUUUAAUGCACUUACAUCCUAACGUGUUGAUGAUUUUAAGUAUCGAGCACAAUCACAAUGCUGAAGGCUCCCUGAAGGGUCUAUAGAGGAACCCAAGAAGGAGAUGAAAACAUUAUUCAUUGACAUCAAACACCUCCACGGCCUCAUUCUGGGCCAGAUUGGAAGUGAGGGAAAGACAUUUUGAGCGCAAGUGUUUCCAUUCAUUGUGAUUUCAGAGAGAAAAAUAUAGGAACUGGGAAACUAAAUACUCAACAGUCCUGAUCUUGCAAUUACCUGAUUCUUUUGUUGUGCAUGAAAAUUAAGUUCUAACAUCUGUGAAACGUGUGAAAUAUAUAAGCCAAACUUAAAUGACUGUAGACACAAACUGUGUAACUUCCAUGAGCCAUUUCCUUCCUGUGCACAUAUAUGUGUGUUAUUUUUCAGUCCAUUUCCUUCCAUUUCCGGGUUCUCUGUGCACCGAUGUGGCAUUGAUUCUGUGGCCUUGUGCAGUCAGCUUAUGCUCAGCCCAUUGAUUCCACCACAUCCCUGAUGGAGGGGACGUUAAUUACCUGUCUUUGUGAAUUAAGCAGUUUAUGAGCAGCAAGUUACUGAGGACCGUAAAUAAAGUCAUAGAGAGCUCAAGGAAGUAAUAGCUUCGGUUUAAUCAUCUGCUUCAAAGGUGCCAAUUUUUAUAUACUACUAUAUGUAAUGAUUUGUUCUAAAUUGCUUGUUCCUUUUGAAAAAAAAUUUAAGGAUGUUUUAUGAAAAUGACCAUGGAGGUCUCCUGCUUAACCAAUAUACUUUAUAUUUAUAGUUAGAGGACCCCUCCUUGAUCGAUUUGAAUGAGGAGCUGGAAAGCUUGGGUAUAAUUGUCAUGACUAGUUUGUGUUAUCUCUGCAAGCCAAAAGGUAUAUUAGCAGUCAUAAUAUAGCACUUUACAGAACUGGACUUUUUUAAAUGUCUGAGUUUCCAGGUCUAGGAUAUUAUUUAGCACUUUGAAAGUUCCCCUUUUAAAAUAUAUAUAUAAGAAUAAUCAGAUGAGAAAAAUGUACUCAUAAACACACAAAAUGUGUUUCUUCUGAAUGUUUCAAAUGUAUUCUAAAACAUGGUUUCUAUAGAUAAUAUUAUGGUAGGUAACUGGAUAGUACUUUUCUUUUUUACUUCCUGAGUCUGUACAGUCUAAUCUUCCUGAAUGUUUGGGCUGUUUAAUUUCUUUAAAGAUGAUAAAUAUUAUCCAGUCAUCCAUCAUGCUCUAUCUAUAGGCUAUACCAUUCAUAUGUUGGGCAAUGCUGUAUUAUAAAACACAUGUAAACAUGUAUGUAACCCAUGUUUAACCCAGCAUAGUUGUAGCAUGUGGUUGUAUUAAUGAACGUUACAGGACAGCUUUAUAAUCAUUUAUAAAUCUGUAACAUUCAAUAAAGAAGCACAUGUUGCAGUGAUUAAUUAUGUUCCCAAUUCCAUAUUAUUUAGCAUCUUUGUGAACCGGGCAUUUUUGUUCCUGAUCUGCUUGAUGCUUUUCAUGUUCCUGUAGACUACUGUAAAAUAUGUGUGUAAGCUGAUGUAUAUCCUCCAAUGAGUCCUGCGAGCUGUGGUAGGCAAGUUGUGAUUUCAUGAAAGAUGAACUGGCAUGUUAUGCAAAAGACUAUAUGACAAAUGAACUUAAAAUGAUAAUUUAAACUCCAGUUGAAUUAGCUGUUUGUUUACAUCUGCCAACCCCAUGCAGAAGCAGUGUACAGUAUUUUAUAAAUAUGUUCAUUUAGUAACACUAUGUUGUUUCUAGAUAAAGUGAUGCUAGUGUGUAGGUGGUUAUAUAUUUGGCCUAGAUAUUGCAUUAUAACUCACUAUCCUUUAACAAUAACAAUGUGACUUAAAUGAAGUAAUCUCUCUCCAAACCCGGUCUUAAUUUUGUGUUGACAAAAUGCAUGUACUGCUUUAUGCAUUUCUUUUGACUUUUCUAAGGCACUUAACAUUUUACUAUCGCCUGCUGUGAUGCUUAAGCCAGUUAGGAAUUCACUCAAACAGUUGGGCUUCUUACUAUGGGGAUUAUGUUCAGUUUUGAAAAAUUAAAAACAAAAAAAAAGUAACCAAGAGAUUUUUAAAUCCUUUUUUUUAAGCACUGAACAAAUAAUAUGAAAUAAAGUAUUAACUGCAGGUUGUAUAGCCAUGGGACCCAGAGAUGGCAAGCCAACACCUCUUGGGUCUGCCAAGAUCUAGGUGUUGUGCAUAUGUGAUAUAUGCAAGACACAUUUCUGAUUCUUCAGAGCUACUGGGUGUAAAUUGCUAAGCCAGAGAUGAGAGCGACAAGUCCAUUUGUGAUAGUGCAGAAGUGUGCAGAUCGCUGUGAAUGUGUGAUCCAAUGAUAUGACAAGAGACCUCCCUCCUUGUCUGUGGCUUCUUCACCUUGGGGGUGAGCCUAGCCUGGGGGUGGGAGGCGUGUGUUUGGGUGUCUGAUCAAGCACUGGGUGAUUCUAAAGAGUUUACUCUUUUAGCAAAUCACCGUUACUAGAAGCCAUUCAACAUCUGGAAAAGAGAGGAGCCAAUUUGCACAGUUUUGUAACUGACUGCUCCUAAAAUGAAUAGAGAAAACUUUCCUCUCAGCCUGCUUUCUCUUCGUUUUACAAGUUGGAUAUUCUGUCUCUCAGAUUGGAGUCAACCAAAAGAAAGGUUGGUUCCAAUUAAGGAAAAGCAACUUUUUUCUUUUAAUUCCUCUCAGAAGGUAGUUGUGCUAUCUUUUCUCUGAUGAUUUCCUUGCACACAUCACUGCUAAUGAAAGCAACAUGUGACUGUUUCUACAGGUCAUCUAAGAGAGGAUUUUGGUGACCAGGUAAUCCAGAUGGCAAUAAGAGUGAGGUGAAUUUUCCCUUCCUUACCUUACCUAGUCUACUGGCCUCCUUAAACCUGCAGGCCCUUGUGCAUUUGCACAAUGUUUGUGUGCUGGAAACUGAAAAGACAUGUGUAUGGCUAAAAGUCCAUAGGCUUUGUAAAGAGUGUCAGUGCCAAUCAGGACCCAUGCCUUCCUCUGGAAGAGGCAGGUGGCUGGGGCCUGUGGGGCAAAGGGGAAAAUUCAGCCUUGUGCCUGGAUGUGUGACUUUCUUUCUGCCCUCUACUUGCUUCUCUUCUCUUAGUCCAAGACUAGCUGCUUUUUCACCAGACCAACAGACCUUGCCUCAUUACCUUUAUACCUUGUUGACCCUGGCACAGUAAGCUGAAACAGCAGCCACUUGGAAAAAGCCAAACAUUUAGACUUUGUCCCAGUCCUGAUCUUCCCAUCAACUUAGCCUCUUCCUGCCUCUACCCUGGCUGGUGUUCGCAUUGACCUCAUCCAAUUUUUGCCUCUCUAAAUCUCAAGAGCCCUACAACAUCUUCACCACAGCUUCCCACACAUCAUUAAAACCAGCCAUCUGCACAUAGAUUGAGAGGCUGCAAAUUCAAAGAUGUGUAGGGGCCAGAUCGAGAACACAAAUGUGUGAAUUUGACUGGUGAAAGUCAACAGAAGAAGUAGGGUUUGUGAGUAAGGCAUGAGAGAAUACACAUCCCACCACAAAGACAUUCAAAUUCAGCUUUCCAAACACUGUGCUAGCCAAACAAACAUGUCUGCCAGCAGCAUUCAGUCCCAAAGGCAAUAGUUUGGAACCUCUGAUUUAGAGCCAACAGGAUCAGAUUCUUGAUUGUGACUUGGUGAGUGUACACACAAAAUACACUAAGAACUGAAGUCGGGGGGAAAGAAACUCACCUUAUUCAGAGUUACUGUUGUUCUGAAUGAUAUAUGCAUGUAUAUUUGUUAGCCACAUAAUUCUAAACUUGAACACAGAAUCUUUGUAAGAAAGAUUCAGAAGAAGAGUACCAUAGCAUGGUAUGAAGACUUACCUACUUCCUGUCACUACUGCGUCUGACCUGAGUUUAUAUUGCUGCUACCGCUGUGUAAAAACAGUACGUGCGGUAUACUGUACUCAUAGCCAUUUCAUAACAUAGGACCUAGACUCUCAUUUGUAAAUGUUCUAACCCUAGUUUAUAAUGGGGGAAAUUACUCAGAUAUCAUUUUUAAAUGAAUUCCUACAAAUACAAUUGUUUUGAAAUUGGGUUUGCUAAAUAUAUAUACAUCUUUUCCUUCUUUGUGUAUGGAUAGACCAUGGUUUGCAUAUCUAUCAACACUAUAAAUAUAUAUAAAUCCUUAGCAGAAUUGUUCUUUUUUAAAGGUCUAUUAUUGGAUUCACAAUGCACUUUGAGCUUGAUUGUUUAGAUAUAUAAUUCAGAGAAGUUGGCAGAUACCACGGGAAAAACUUUCUGAAAUUUCUGUAACAAAUGUUUUGCAAUAAAAAAAAAAAAAAAAAAAAAAACUCAGUAGUUUAAAACAUGA